UAAUAGUAGGCGCGUGCACUAAAUAGAAACGAAGCGCAUGCGUUAAAAACGUGCUUACUACAAUUUCACGCACGAAAAGUUAGGCGAAAAGGUUCGUGGAAGUGACAAUCGGGAUCAUGUAUCUUAUGCAGAGAGUGCGCAGUCAGUUUGGGAGGAUUUCAAAGAUCCGGUAAAUCGUCACGCGGUGACGAAUUUCCGACGAAAGUAAAGCCGCGCGACGUUAAAGGUGGUUAAAGGAAGGAAAGAAUGGAAUUUUAUUCAAGAAGCGCACUAAUGCGGGAAGUGCGGGCUCGGUGAUUUCCGGAUGCGAUCGGCCGUUUCCGGCCCGCGGACGCCCUUCCGAACUAAAACCAUUCAUUCGACGGAGAGCGAGAGGGCCAGGGAUCGAACGAGGAUCGCCAUAGGAAGGCGAACGGAACGAGUGGAAGCGCCGGGGAUCGACAAAGGAUGGAGAAAGCGAUCUGGCGAGUGAAUGAGAGGCGAGCUGCAGGAAAGGACAAGAGGAAACGAGAAGGAACGGUGAGCGGUGACAGGGGCGGGAAACGAGAAAGGUAGGAACACGAGCACGAGAGAGGUAGUAGUAGGCACGGCCGAUCACGGCACAAGAAGGCUGCUGGUAGGCGAGAGCGAGCAAGAGUAAGAAAACGAGGGAGCAGACUGGCCGGCCGCGCCGCUUCUAGUUGAACAGAACUGCCAGCAAAUCGGCAGCAGAUGUGGAUGUGGCCAGUUAGCUCGGUGCUGUGUGUUCGUACGCAUCUCGGCGUUCCGUGGAUUUUGAUGCACCGACCUGAUCCGCGUUCGAUAGCAGCGACGACGACAACAGCGAUCAGUUGGCGUGCGUGACCCUUCUUCUGGUCGUCGCGUACGAUUCGAUUCGACUCAAGGCAGCGAUGCGAGAGGGAAGUCUGUGAAAGGCUUCGAGUCCGCGGUGACAACUCGGCGGCGAAGUGGAGAACGACUUUUGGUCUUUGGCGAACGGGACGCGGGACACGAGAUAAACGGGAAGGAAGGAAAGCAGAGGCUGCGAAGCGAACUGCAAGGAAAGGAAAGAGAGGAGAAUACGAAAUCGAAUGGAACAGUCGAUCGCGCGGCAGCAGCACCAAGAACGCAGUGACCGCCGUACCUGUCCGUCGGUAGCCGAAGACUUGUCCGAUCGAGACCCGGGAGUGAUGUGGCAACGUUGCCGGUGGUUUGCGAGUGGAGGAGUCAGUACUCAGUCGUCGCUCGGAUGUUCUAUCGUGGCCCGUGUCUGACAGUGCAGUGUACGCUGCCAAUAGAACCGGCGAGGGCCCGUCGGGGCCCACGAGCACCGCGAAACAACAUCGCGAUCACGAUGACAUGUCGAGAAAGUGCGGGAACGAGUAACCCCGUAACGAGCAUCGAAGGGACAAUUGUACAGAGACGUUGUAUCGCACCGACGGCGCGCGUCGUCCCCGCGUAUCUUGGUUAUCCUCGCCGCGGAGCGACUCACGGGAGAAGGUGAGAGUUUCGUGGCCUUACGGGAGAGUAAACGUCGCGUUUCGAAGCGUACGGUCGCGGUGUACCGCGCGUGUACAUUCCGUAUCGUUUCAACGAAAGUUCCUAAGUGUGCCCGCCCGGAUCUAUGAGCAGUCCUCAACAGCAGCACGAGAAUCGAACGAGCGCGUGAAUCGUAACAACGUCGUGUGUCAAGUUAAGAGUGUAUGCGGAGAGUACCCGAAGAGAGACAGAAAGAUCGCAAAAGGAGCCGUGCCGCGUCUCUUUCUAUCCGAGAGGUCGUGGUCGGAGUUUACGCCGUCGUACGCGCUUCUCCCUUCCCCUCCGCCCCUCUAAUGGACUGUUUCUCUCUCCCUCUCUCUCACUGAAGGCCAAUUUAUCUAUCCCGCUGGGGCGUACGUCUGUUCAGUCCGUACAUACACACAACCAUUCCUGCCUGUGCGCUAGCAGAGUUUUCACUGGCGCGACACGGCAAGGCACGGCACGGCACGCGCGCACACCGUCCUACCGCUGCUGCUGGUACGCGACACGUAAACGUAAACCGGCUGCCGAGAAUCGGGAGUGUCAAAAGGGAAGAGAGAAGAGGAUAACCGCAGAGGGAGGAGAGAAAAAAAUCACGGGCAUGGGAACAGUGUGUGCCGUGGACCGAUUCUCGCUUUAGUGCGCGACCGGUUGUUGUCCGCGUCUCGGAGUCGCUGCACCGUGUCUCGAAAAACGGUGGAUACCGUCGUUCGCGUUUCGUCCUGUGGUGCGGUGUGCCUCUGUGUGUCCCUUUACAACUUUACGCCGAACGAGGAAGGGAGGUUAGGUUAGGCUAGGACUCGCGUCACCCCCGGCCGCCGCGACUCCGUCCUCGUCUAUCCCGACGACUCGUUCUCUCCCCCGCCUCUCUAUCUCGCUCUCUUUUUCUCGCGGCGUAUACGGGCGAGGAGGAACGCAGACACGAGCGAGAGAGGCCAGCAGACCGACGUUCUACGCGCAUACAUACACGCAAGGACAAUAUUGGGGAAAGAGGAGGAAAAUACAAAUGCCGAUCGCCGGUGGAAUUCUGGUCGCUGGAACCGCGGCUCAUUGCCUGUCUUCCGCCGCUGGCAUGCUUCGAUUCCUCGCUAGACUUUCAGGGAGGCGGCGGCACGUGCGGCGUAGCUCCGGGCCAGGUGGUGGAGCUCGUGCUGUUUUUAAAACAGAAGAGGCAGCAACAGCAGCGGCAGCGGCGGCGGCGGCAGCAGUGGCGGGGGUGGGAGGCUACGUGGAUUGCCUGGACGAGGAAAGAAGGGGAGUAGGAGGAUGCGAGCCGGUAGGAGCGAGCGUGCUCGAGGAGGUUAGUUGUUCACCGGUGGCGGAUGGCGAGGUCUGCUGCGGCGACAGCAGUACCACCACCAACUACAGCCACCGUCGUCAUCACCUCCACCAUAUACACCGUCGCCACAGUCAUCGUCAACAGCAGCAGCAGUGUAUCCAUCGAUGCCACCAACGGAGGGACAACGCGGCUAGCAGCGAGCUCGUCGUCGACGGAGAAGCCGACGAUGAGGCUACGUGCCAGGAGCCUGCCCAUCACCGAGACGUACACGAGCUCCGUCACCUUCACCACCGUCACCACCACCGGCACUUGCAUCAUCAUCAUUACCAUCAACACCACCGCCACCAUCAUCAUCUGCAUCGUCUCCAUCAGCGGCUGCGGGACGACAGCGUCGCCCGGACGAGCGAACGUCGUCGCGCGGAUGAUACCGAGACCGAUAACAACGAUAACAACCCUGCCACCGUCACUGCCAUGACGAGAGGAUGCAGGAUUCCGCCCUACCUCGCUACUCUACUCAUCCUCUCCUACACCCUCUUCGGUAUAGCAGACGCCUGUUCAUCGCGGUCGACGCCGAAACCACGACCGCCGACGCCGACGCCACGACCCAAUAUCACAUUCCACAUGUACACGUGUCCACCGGAUUACGCGGAAUGGUACUGCUUGAACGGUGCCACAUGUUUCACUGUCAAAAUCGUCGAUUCCCUCCUCUACAAUUGUUUAUGCGCCAACGGUUACAUCGGGCAGAGAUGCGAGUUUAAGGAUUUAGAUGGUUCCUAUUUACCUUCCCGGCAACGUGUAAUGUUGGAGACAGCCAGCAUCGCCGGCGGUGCCACGAUAGCAGUAUUCCUGGUCGUUAUCAUUUGCAUAGCGGCUUACAUCCAUUGCAAACGAAAGCAAAAGGAAAGGUCGAGCAGUAACUGCGUCGACACGGUGGAUGGUCCUGGCCGAGAUCCGGAGUUGAGGCCGUUUAGCAACCGCAGCCGCUCCCUCAUGAUCUUCAUGACCAAGAAUCCUAACAGCUCGGCGGCGAUAGAGCAGACGAGGAUGCCCGGAUGGAACAGCCCGGAAGCGGAGUCAAUGAGAAUGGCGUCGAUCAGCGAAGGAAAGCGAUCGAAUCAAUGAUAGAGCCGGGAGUCCGGUGCCUAAUUCCACGACGCGAAACCGAGGCGUCCGGCGUAGGAGAGAUAUCAUUUAGACGGAAAAGGAAUCACUUUCACCCAGCUGCUUUCUGCCUCCGUCCAUGGACUACGUUCUCGCGACAGCCACGGGAAAUUCGCGUUCCCCGAUGCCGUGCAAACACGGGAUCUAACUUAUUAUUCGUCGUGGUUCGUGCCUGAGGAAGAUUUAGUUCGCGCGAGAAUCGCGAUUCGCGUUCAGAGAAGAGGAUCUCGUCGGCGGCUGGAAGAAUCGAUACGUGGAUCGGGAUCCCCGGGAUCGAUGAUCUCCGCGAGACCGAGAAGAAAACGUAGGAUUUCAAAGGGAGAACGUAGCUGGUUUUAACUUUAAAUAGCUGGACUCGAACAGCUGGAAGAACAAAGGACGAGAAAGUAGAAAAGAAGGGAAGCUUAAAAAUAAAGCGUGUGCCGCUUGAAUAGAGGUGGACUCCUCUCGAUAGAAAAGGAAGAGGGAGAUUUGAAGAUAUUCAGCGUGAAGACGUAAUGAAGAGAAGAAAAAGAAGCAUAAGUAAUUUUGUUCCUAUCGGAGAUAGUUUAGAGCAGACAAUAAUAACCGGAGAACGAUUACUAUAAUGUUAUUAGCAUCGGUUAUAUGAUAAACGUACUAGUUAAGUUUCUCGACGAAUAAUCAAUUUGCUAAGUAGAAGAACCGUUGCUCGUCGUAAGAACGAUUAUUUUUCUCCAGCUUCCGCCGAGGGAUGCGCGCGGAGAUUUACUUCUCACUUUUAUUUUCUUUAAAUUCUUUUUUGUUCCUCGUUCGCUCCAUUUCUUUCACUAUCUUUUUUCCGUCUCCGAACGCCGUGAGUUCAGCACAAGUUCCUCGUAAAUCAACGCCACCGAACACGCGGAAAAUAGAAACGAUUCACGUAUCGAAACCGGCCAAUGGAUGCGCAGCGUUCGAACUUGCAAGUCUUCUUUUAAACAUUCGAGUUGGCAAGAGGAAUUUCCAAAAUUACGUCGGGCAAAUUCCACGUUGAUCUCGCGUGACAAAAUUCAAGUACUUCACUGUGGAACAAAUGUUCUAUCAGAUAGAAUUAUUUAUUGAAAGUCGGCGUUAUAAGUACGUGCGUCGCGUCUUUUCGUCCGCACGAUUCAAUUUCAGUUUUGUGUUCGUGAAAGUAAAGGAGAAGAGUGCACGAUGUUAUCUCUGCGCGAUUAAGAGGACAAAUCGAGCCUCGGUGUAGCGUUCGUUAAAAUCGUUGAUAGGCAUCGAUCCUAACACACGAUUGCACGAGUCGCGGUGGCGUCGAUGGUGAAGAAACGCGUGUCGGACGUUCGUACCGCGGACGCUGGUCUCUGUUUCUCGCCUCUCCUCCUGUAAAUAGUAAAUUAUCCGCGUAAAGGGCCAGCCGGCUCGUUUCCCGGUGAAUCUCCGUUUAUCUGACGGGCGAUUCGACCGUUGUAGCGGACAAACUACAAUUAAUGACGAUGCUGAUCGACGGCGCCACCACCUACGGUGACAACUGAAUUUAUCGGGAAACGAGUCGACCGGAUAACAGAGCCGAAAUUCGCGGUACGCGGUUCCUUUAUUCGAGCAGCCAUCGAUUGCCACCGCGGCGGGGAACUUCUGGGAGAAGUACGAUAGAGUAUAGAUUAUUUUUCACGUCGAGUCGCUGGUAACUCCGAAAGGAUCGGUCCUAUUCGCAUUCGAUGGUGUUUUGUACAUUUUGUAGAUACUGUGCUGUGGUGUGAAAGAAGCUUCCAAACGCUCUGAAGGAACUGAGAACUUGUACUUUUUGUGUAAAAAAAAAACCAAACGUGAUUCGCUCGUGUUUCCUUUUUCGUUCGAAACGACGACGGGUGGGUGGGGAGCAGUGAUCGAAGGAGGAUAAGAACGAUCGAGAUGAGAAACGAAGAACGAGUACGCACGUAGAGGAUUUAGUGGACACGAGCAAGGACAGGUUCCGAAGGAGAAGAGAACGCAUGGAGCUAGAGUGGCCUAAAAGUAUGUUUUCUUUUUCGUGUCACGGGUACGAGGUACGAAUCGUGACCCCGUACGGUGUAAUUUAUUAUAAAUAGUCCUAAUUAACGUGGAGAAACCGUAGCGUGAAAUUGAAGAAAAAAAAAAGGAAUGAUUGAAUUAAUUUCCCUGAUCACACUUCUCUCGUAACUUUGUACUUGGUUCCUAAUUUAUUCUCACAUUAAUUAUUUUCCUUUAAUUAUUAAUUAAACCGCGGUUGAUUAUUAUUAAUUUACUAAUUUACGAUCAUUAGUUACGAUCAAUUAAUUAUUCUCCUUUUAUCAUUAUUAUCGAAUCACGAUUAAUCAGUUUAUUCCUAAUUAUUAUUUGGUUAACACGGUAUCUUUUAAGGACCCGCACAUAUUAUUUAUAAACGAACGAAAAAGAGAAAGAGUAGUAUUUAAAACAAAUUUUGAGAAAAAAUGCACGCAAUUACCGACGCGAGUCUGCCUGUGAAAAUCGCGCGAGACUCCGUGAAAAGCUUGCGUUCGUAAUCCCUUGGUUGAAAACGAUCAUUUUCGUACACCUGGCACAAACAACGAGUCAAUUGGUUGAAUAAUAAAUUUUUGUUUAAACCGAAGAAAUGUUAAACUGAAAUAGAAGUUUCACAGGCAGGCUGCGAGUGUCAGAUUGUAAACGCGAAUAACGUCGUGGCCGAAUGAUUGCUCGAGAAACGAUCGUCGAUUUCUUUCUUUCCAACGAAUUAAUCACGGAGGAACGGUUUUAAUUUUUGUAGUCGUCGAGAGCAAUGACUCGGCCUCGCGGUUUAGCGACCGUUUAAGCGUAGACAGUGGUGGCAUUUUAGUACAUCAGACAGCGCUGUAUCGCGAGAAUCAAGACGAAGAAGAGAACCGAAGGGUGGGAAAGAGCAAGGGAAUAUAUGGGCAGACACGAGAAGGAUACGUGGUUGUAUUUAGUCGAGCGAAAGACAAGAAGAAAGAUGCGAACGGAAAGAAAUUUGUUUUAUCGGGUAGCACCGUCGCGGUCGUUCGAGGUCUAUCCUAGAAGAGAGAUCUUGACGGGAGGGACACGGCUCGUUGCGUCGAUCCCCGUCGUCGAUCGGAACUGACGCGGGCUCAUUGGAAUUUCGCGAAAUUCGUGGUGGGCCGCGAUCCUAUUCCGAUCGAGGCUCGUUCAUCCUCCCGGCGACCGCGCUCGAGCCCCGAGCGUUCUCUUCUUUCCUUCAUUUUCUCCUGUUUGCUUCUUGCUUUUCCGUUUUUUCGUUCCUUCUUCAUUUUCUGUUUCUACAUUCUGUAAUGCUCUCUUUAUUCUUUUCCCUCUUUUGUUUUUUCUUUUUUUUUUUAAUUCACGGACGGAAACCUUCGUGCUCCAAGGACACGCGAAUGGUCUCCAAUAAAGUGGGAAAUCCUUAUUUUCUUUAUUUCGUGAAUUGCGUGCGCUUUAUGACGGCGGAUGGUAGGUACCCCGUCCGACAUACCAAAUCCGUACUCUCUCUGUCGCGGUAUAAAUGCUGUUCGUUGUAAAUGUACCAAAGACAAUGUCGAUUAACUGACAAAAUAAAUAAAGUAGUUUAUUUAUGAAAAACGAAUGAAAAAGAUUAAAAAAAAAAA